UAAAGCGGACCGAAUAAGACCUUAAUGGUAUUGUGAGAGGAAUCAAUAGUUCACGUAUUUCUGUUUAAAUUAGUGUUGCCACAAUCCAACGAAGUUCGUCGCGUUCAUCUUGUCAGCGGUCACUUGUGCCACCUCGUCCCAACUUCUCACGUCGACUACCAGACUGCCAUCUGGGAACAUGACCACCAUCAGGUUUGGGAGCAGCACUGGACCAUCUCUGCUGGCCCGCACAUCAAAGAGAACUUUGGAUGUAGAACCCGUUGAAAAGGCAAACUUUGAUCCAGAUCAACUUCAGCAGUGUCCAUUCGAUAAAAGUCACCAGAUCCGGGCUUGUCGCCUUUCCUAUCACCUUUUGAAAUGCAAGAAGAACCAUCCGAAACUGGCCAAGGAGCUCAAAACCUGCCCCUUUAACGCCUGCCACCUGCUCCCAAGGCAUGAGCUGGCCCGCCACACUGAAACCUGCCCCAACAGGGUUUCCGUGGGCGUAAAGGAUGUUGGAGCUGAACGGAAAUGGGACGUUCCGGUCAGAUCCCAGUUCACCGCAGCCGUGACCGAAGACUGGGAAAAGGAGCUGGACGAAGCAGCCCCUCCGUUUAUUUGGGGCCAAACAACAGUGGCCUGUGUGCUUCAGGGAACAGAAGCUCAGGCCUUCAACGCUGUUGGAGCCAAGUUCCGUGGACCCACAUCCCUCCCGUGGUAGUUAGAAAUGUUUUAUAGGUUGGUUGCUUUUGAGACCAGUUUGUGGACUUUUCACUUUGUUUCUAUUUUGGGUUUCCAUUGUUGCAAGUCUUUUUAAGCAGUUGCUUUUAAAAUGUUGUUUGUUCUCUGACAUUUGUAGUGUUUUUUUUUCCUACAUUAAACAUCUUGUAUGGCAUCCGCGAUUGUGAAA